AUGGCGAGGGCGCGCCAGCGCGGGCGCCUCCUCCUCCUCCUGGCGUUCGCGCUCCUCGCUGGCGCCGCGGCGGGCCGACACGACGCGCCCGCGCCCCGGGCAUCGUCCAUCUCCGCGGCGCCCGAGUACCCGCCGCUGCCGCGCCUCCCGAACCAGCACCACGGCCGCCACGCCGCCGGCCCCGCGCUCCCGCCGGCGCUGCCGGCGCUGUCGCCCGACAUAAUGCCCGUGCUGCCGUCCCCCGCAGAGGACGGCGCCGCGCCGGCGCCCGACGCGGGGGAGCCCACCAUCCCGUCCAGCCCCAGCCCGCCCAACCCGGACGCGCUGGAGCCCGACUCGGCGUUCGCGCCGUUCGGCUCCUCGCACGCCGUCGCCGCGCAGUCCCCCGCCGUGGCGUCGGCCUCGGCGUCGGCGCUCCCGCUCCUCGGCCUGCUGCUGGCCAUGUUGUGGCUGCUGCUGGUGGUGUAG